AUGACGUUUCCCAUCAUUAAUAAUCAUCAUCCAAACCCAUUCCCCACAAAAGAUAGUCAAACAUUCACAUUAAAACAUAUCUAUCAUCAUGGAACGGGGGCCAAGAAUUAUAAAACUCAUAAGAGAUUAGAUAUAACUCCUCAAUAUUUAACCAAACAUGCACAUCAAUUUAAUGAAUUUGUGAAUGUAUUAAGUCAACCCCGCCCUCAUCAUAAUGGUAAAGUUGUUCCAUCUCAAGAAUUUUUAAAUCUUGAUGAAAUUUAUCAACAAUUAGAUUGGCCAAAAGUUCAUCACGGUAAGAAUCCAUAUACUAUAGAAUUACCGAUUAGAAAAUCAUCUAAAUUAGGUACGGUUCAAAGACUUACUGAAAGACAUACUCCAAAUUUUAUUGAUUCAUAUUUAUCUUAUGCCCAUGAAGUUAAAGGUAAUCCUCAAGUCUUAAACAGAAUAAAUCUUGAAUGGGAUGAUAAAGUUAAAAUUGAAAUCCCCGAUGUUAAUGAUAAAGAUACGUUAGUUUCAUUAGCUACCAUUUCAUCCAAUGCAUAUGUUAAAUUCCCCUUGGAUCAAGAUGAAAAGGAUAAACUGGAUUGGAUCGACGUAGGAGAUUAUAUUCCUGAUGAAGGUAAUGUCGAUUUGAAUUUCGGUUGGGAAGAUGUUGGAUUGAGAGGUCAUGUUUUCGUUAGUAAUGAUAAUAAAACUAUCGUUAUUGGGGUUAAAGGUACUUCUGGUGGAGUUCCUGGUGGUGGUAGUGAUGAAACGGGUAAUAAUGAUAAGAUUAAUGAUAAUUUAUUAUUUUCAUGUUGUUGUGCUCGGGUAGGAUAUAUGUGGACUACCGUGUGCGAUUGUUAUGAAAAGACAUAUACUUGUAAUCAAGAUUGUUUGGAAAAGGAGUUAUUAAAAGAAGAUAAAUAUUAUCAAGCUGCUUUAGAUCUUUAUCGUAAUGUUACAUCGAUAUAUGAUCCCAAUGAAGUUAAUAUUUGGGUUACUGGUCAUUCAUUAGGUGGAGCCAUUGCUUCAUUAUUAGGUAGAACUUAUGGUAUUCCAGCAGUUGCAUUUGAAGCACCAGGUGAAAUGUUAGCUACAAAGAGAUUACAUUUACCUCAACCUCCUGGAAUUCCAAAACAUUUGGAAAACAUUUGGCAUGUAGGUAAUACUGCUGAUCCAAUUUAUAUGGGUGUUUGUAAUGGAGCAUCAUCUACAUGUAAUGUGGCAGGAUAUGCCAUGGAAACAGCAUGUCAUACCGGUUAUCAAUGUGUUUAUGAUGUGGUGGGUGAUAAAGGGUGGAGAGUUAAUCUUUUGAAUCAUCGUAUUCAUACGGUUAUAGAUGAUAUUAUCUUAGAGUAUAAUGAUACCGCUCCAUGUUUUGAACAACCUCCAUGUCGUGAUUGUUUUAAUUGGAGAUUUGUUAGUCAUGAUGAUGAUGAAGAUGAUGAACCAGAAUUACCCAAUCCAUUAAGACCAAAACCAAAACCAAAGCAUAGUUCGAGUUCAUCUACGUCAUCUUCAAAGUCUAAAUCCUCGUCCUCCUCCUCCAUAUCUACAACUAAGUCAAAAGCAGCUACAGUUCCAACCGAUAAACCUGAGAAAUGUUUAGAAAGAACCUGGUAUGGAUGGUGUUUAAAAUGGGGAGAAGAUGAUGGAAGUGAUGAUGGAGAUGCCAAUGAUGACGUUUAAGAAGGUUAGUUAACGAUAAUAAUUAUUUAUUCAUUCAUUCAUUUAAGAUUUUUUCAAUAAAAAACAAAUAAUCUUUCAUAUUUUAUUUUUCAGGAUUUAUUUUAUAUGAUAUUAUAUCAUAUCAUAUCAUAUUAUAU